AUGGAUCCAGACGCAUUCACCGCCAGCCUAUUCAAGUGGGAUCCACGCACCGUCCUCCCCACUGCUCCAUCUCCCCGUCCUCAGCUUCUUGACUACGCGGUUCCUCCUACAACCACUCCGAUGACUUAUCAUCCAGCGAGAUUACCAAGAGAGCUAGGAGGGUUGGAGGAGCUUUUCCAAGCGUACGGUAUCAGAUACUACACGGCGGCGAAGAUAGCGGAGCUUGGUUUCACGGUGAGCACGCUGGUGGACAUGAAGGACGAUGAGCUUGACGACAUGAUGAACAGCCUCUCCCAGAUUUUUCGUUGGGAUCUUCUUGUUGGUGAACGUUACGGUAUCAAAGCCGCCAUUAGAGCUGAAAGAAGACGCCUCGAUGAGGAAGAAAUUAAACGCCGCGGUCUUCUCUCAGGCGAUACCACAAACGCUCUCGACGCUCUCUCUCAAGAAGGUUUGUCGGAGGAGCCAGUGGUGCAACGUGAAAAGGAAGCGGUGGGGAGUGGAGGAGGGAGCACGUGGGAGGUGGCUGUGGUGGAAGAGAGGAGAAAGAGGCAGCAGAUAAGGAGGCGGAGGAUGAAGAUGAAGGGGAAUGAUCAUGGUGAGAAUGAAGAAGGAGAAGAAGACGAAGAGGAUAACAUCAGUGGUGGUGGUGAGAGGCAGAGAGAACAUCCGUUCAUUGUGACGGAGCCUGGGGAAGUGGCACGUGGCAAAAAGAACGGUCUGGAUUAUCUCUUUCAUCUCUAUGAACAAUGCCGUGAGUUUCUCAUUCAAGUUCAAGCCAUCGCUAAAGAGCGCGGUGAGAAAUGCCCCACCAAGGUGACAAAUCAAGUGUUUAGGUAUGCAAAGAAAGCUGGAGCGAGUUACAUAAACAAGCCGAAAAUGAGACACUAUGUUCACUGUUACGCGUUGCAUUGUUUAGAUGAGGAAGUGUCAAAUGAACUGAGAAGAGGAUUUAAGGAAAGAGGUGAGAACGUUGGCGCGUGGAGGCAAGCUUGUUAUAAGCCACUUGUGGCUAUUGCUGCACGUCAAGGAUGGGAUAUUGAUACAAUAUUCAACGCGCAUCCACGACUAUCGAUAUGGUACGUGCCAACCAAGCUUCGUCAGCUUUGUCAUGCGGAGAGGAACGGUGCUGCUGCUUCAAGCUCCGUCUCGGUUGGAACUACUCACCUUCCUUUCUGA